UUUCCGGUCCCAUUUGAACACCCCGGUCGUGCCUAUAACCUAUUUGGAGCUUUUUCGAACCUCCAUUGCUUUUGUUUUUUUGCCUCCAUUGUUAGCUACCAAUAAACUCGCUCCCACCCUAUAGAACGAAACCCCAAAUCUCUGACUUUAACGAGGCAGAAGGGUAUUGUCCUAAGUUAUAGGGUGAUGGAGGAAAAGAAGCAGCCAGCAGCAUCUAAGAUACAGAUAUACCCCACCUCCACUGGUCAAAUUUCUCCCUUCUGGAAAGACAAGUACGAAAGAGAUGCAAAGAAGUACUGGGAUAUCUUUUACAAGCGCCAUCAAGACAAAUUCUUUAAAGACAGGCAUUACUUGGACAAGGAAUGGGGUCAAUACUUCUCUGGGACUGACGGGAAAAAAGUCAUUCUUGAGGUUGGGUGCGGGGCUGGAAAUACCAUAUUUCCUUUGCUUGCUACAAUACCAAAUAUAUUUGUCCAUGCCUGCGAUUUUUCACCUCGAGCUGUGAACUUAGUUAAGUCGCACAAGGAUUUUGAUGAUGCUAGGGUGAACGCAUUUGUCUGUGAUCCAACAGUGGAUGACCUGAUCCCACAUAUUUCUCCUUCAUCAGUGGAUGUUGUUACCAUGAUAUUUGUUCUAUCUGCAGUAUCCCCUGAGAAGAUGCCUCUGAUGUUACAAAACAUCAGAAAAGUUCUGAAGAAAGAUGGCUGUGUCUUAUUUCGUGACUAUGCAACUGGUGACCUUGCUCAGGAAAGGCUUACCUCCAAAGAACAAAAGAUCAGUGAUAACUUCUAUGUCCGGGGUGAUGGGACUCGGGCUUUCUACUUUUCUGAUGAGUUUUUAGUGAAUCUCUUCAAUGAAAAUGGUUUCGAUGCUGAGGAGCACAUCUUGUGUUUCAAGCAAGUGGAAAAUCGGUCAAGGGAGUUGGUGAUGAAUAGGCGCUGGGUUCAAGCUGUAUUCCGCGUUUGUAGUGGAAUAUCUGGAGGGAAAACUGAAAGCAAGGUGAAAUUCCUUGGUAAGAAUAAUGAUCAGCCUGAAAUACAAAAAAUUAUCCUUGAAGACUCUGCAAAUGAGACAGAAGUUGACAUCUCCGAGGGGAUGGCUCUUGAAAUGUUUGGUAUUUCAUCUCCUACAGAGGAGAUUCUUGAUGUCACUGCCAGAGACUAUUCUUUCGAGAUAAAGGUCCUCUCAAAAGAGUAUCAGCAUACCUGCAAAUCAACUGGAUUAAUGUUAUGGGAAUCGGCUCGGCUUAUGGCUUCCGUGCUUGCUGCUGACCAGACCAUUGUUUCAGGGAGAAGUGUUUUAGAGCUGGGUUGUGGAUGUGCUGGCAUUUGCUCCAUGGUUGCUGCUACAUCUGCUAACCUUGUGGUUGCCACUGACGGAGACACAAAAGCACUUGAUCUAUUAAACCAGAAUCUCGCUUUGAAUCUCCAACCACCAACUCUAAUAACAAAAAAGCUUGAGUGGGGAAAUAGAGAUGAUGUAGAGUCCAUCAAGAGGCUAAAUGACAGAGGUUUCGAUGUCAUAAUAGGCACAGAUGUUACUUAUGUUGCUGAGGCAAUCUCUCCUUUGUUUGCGACUGCAAAAGAGCUGAUACGAUCUGGCAGUGGCGAUAAGGAGGAUAGUACACCAGCUCUAAUCCUUUGUCAUGUCUUUCGCAGAGUUGAUGAACCAUCUAUACUUUCAGCAGCGUCUGAAUUUGGUUUCAGGUUGGUGGAUAGGUGGCCUAAUGCACUAACCUCAACUACCACAUUUCAGAACAUAAUCCAAAGUUGGUUCUUCGAAAGCAGACUUGAAACUUGUGUUCCCACCACUGCACUGAAUAUCCUCUAUUUCCACAAGUUGUAGGUUUAAAUCUUGGAGGAAUUUUGUUAUCUUCAUCCAGGGAAAGGGGAAAUGGCAGGUUAUGAGUUCUUCGGUUCUGGUUCUUGGAGCUGCCUAGCAUUCUUGCCACUCAUAGUAUUUAACCCUUCAAGGCUUCAAGUAUUGAAACUGUGCUUCGUGUUGGCGCCUUCCUAUAUAUGCAAAUUGAUUUGAAUAUAGCUAAAUAUGCUAUUAUUGUCGUUUGGAAGUUGAAGUUCUUAUAGAAACCAUUCUACUCUU